UUUUCUGUUUCUCAAUGUCCCGAGAGAUGAAAGAACCCCUUAAUACAUACCUUCGCUAAGAAUACAUUAUCCAGAGACCUUCUAGUUUUGUCUUUGUAACAAGUCCCAAGCCAAGUGUCUAAACACAUGAGAUUAAUUCCUCCGAAGCAAAUACAAUUACACUUUGUCAACUAAAAUAAGCCGUAAUGGCUUUCAAUUUGCCUCCAACACAGUCUUCUUCAGCCUGAAAAUAACAAUACAUGGAGGAUUGCCAAGUUAAGAGUUUUGCAAGUAAUUGUGCUCUCAUUGUGGUAUUCCUUAGAUAAAUGCCUUACCUCAAGAUUUAGAGGUGGAGAGGAGAGCCAAGCGAGCUCUUCCAGUUGAGCUAAACCAACAUUUCGCGGUAGGAACAUUAUAUGUUAGGCGUAAUGGACUGAGCAAUCUGAAACAAUUUGUACCUACCCAAGAACAAAACAAGCAAAGUGUUAUAUUUCAAUAACUGUAUAUACUGAACACAAAUCUACCAUCAAUAGUUACCUGUCUAUUGGUUGGAGCAUACCCAUUGUGUAACUCUCAAUUUUGUUAUACAUUGGUCCUCCCCAUGGCGGAGCUAAAAACAUUACAUCCCCCUAGCACUUAGUAAUACCUCGAUAAGAGACCGUAAUGUUGAAUCCAAUACUUCGUAAUUUUAGGACUCGUACCAUAUUCUUUCUCUGCUGAUGAGUUGGAAGAUAAAUUUAUUGUCAAUAGCAGAAGAUGAAAGUUCACAGACAACCAAAUGAAAAAAUACGCAAGAGAUUCCAAGAACACUUUCUUGUUUAUUAGAAACCUUUUAAACAAUCCUCCUAGAUCUGUUUAAUCCGAUUUACUGACUAGAGACAUACCAAUUUCUAAUCUCUCAAAUACAUGGACCGAACUGCACUCUCAAGUCACUCUCCCUUGCACUCACAAAACACUUGACAAGAACACGUCUCUUGCUCAAGCUUUUUCUCAAUUGAACGGCUAACCUAAAUCUACCCAAAGUAAUCUAGUUAUAUACGUCUCACACAAUAUUUUGUUUCCUAAUAUUGUGCUAAACCCAAAUCUUCUUUGCUUCACACUAAAUCAAUAUUCUGGAGCCAAUGAUUAUCUGACACGUCAUCGCUCCAUAACAAACUCGUAAUCCUGUGUCACACAUCUAUCAGCAUGUAUAAUCCAUUUCUCUGUUCCACACAGCCAAGCUCCUUAUUCUUGAGCUUAAAGAGGAAUGGACUUAGAACUUGAUUAAGUGAUAUAUCGAAAGUUAACGAAUAUAUUUUUCUACGUAUGCCAGAGCUUGAAUUCUGGCUUGGCAACUUUAAUUAUUGUGACAAUUUUUUAAAAUUUCAAAAAAAACAGAAAGUAUUAAUAAAAAGAUUCAUCCUUUUCUAUUAUUAUAAUUUUUAAAUAUGUAAAUUUAACAUUAUCUAAUAGUUUUUCUUGCAAUUCAUUAAAAAAGAGUUUUAAAACGGUUACUGUUUUUUUUUGUUAAUCUGAUCUGAAGAAACAUGAAAAGAAGAACAAAGGGACUUUUUGCGUAUCUUAUUCAUAACCUAAACUUUGUUCCAUACACAUGCAUACAUAUUAUACCAAGAGAUUUUUUACAUAUCUACGUCCACUUUUGGUAGCAACCAUGACCUUGGACAAAGACAAAAGCGGAGAGACAUGGACAUAAAAUAGCAAAGAGAGAAUGGUUUAGAGAUAGGGCUUUCUUUCGGAUGAUAUGGCACUGUGUGUUAGCUUUAAUUGAUUUUAUGACCAGCGAGACUCAUAACACUAGACGAGAUAACUCCUUGAUCACGUCAUGUGUGAUACACUCAACAUUUAUUUUUUUGUAUCUAAAAUUCGAUCCAAGAUUGUUUAAAUAGAAUUAAAAAGGGUAUAAGUGGCAAAGUACGAAGUCUUUCAAAAGUUUAACGGUUUAAGACGAACAGGUAUAUAUAACAAUUAAUAGAAUGCCAUGUUAAAAUCAGUGGCAAUGGCUCUACCAAUCUAUGCCAUGUCUUGUUUUAAACUUCCAAAGGAUGUGUGUGCAAAACUCACAAGCACUAUGAUGGAAUUCUGGUGGAGCUCUAGAAAUAACAAGAAAAAAAUUCCCUGGGUUGCUUAAUAGGAUGCCAAGUUCUUUGUCUUUGCACAGCUUUGACAAAGACAAAGAAUUUGGUGGUUUGGGAUUUUGGGACAUCGAAAAAUUUAACCAAUCCCUUCUUGCGAAGCAGGCUUGGAGAAUAUGGUCGAAUCCUACAUCUCUUCUAUCUCGGAUUCUCAAACAAUGGUAUUUUACGCGGUUUUCUUUCAUGGAUUGCAGUGUUGGCUCAAGAUCAUCUUACGCAUGGAAGAGUAUUAUUCUGCACGGCAGAGAGCUUUUUUCACAAGGUUUGUUACAGAAGGUUGGCAAUGGAGAAAAUAGAUUAUUGUUGUUUAAGCCCCAGAGAUGUCCUUGGAACACUUGGAGAAUGUGAACACUGACUCGAAGAAGGACUAAUGUAUAUAUGGAAAAAAAAAGUGUAUAUAUGGAAAAUUUAGACAGAUACGAGCAGAAAUAAGUUAAAAACCAAGUAGUUACGUUAGUUACGUGAGUAUCUUCAACCAUGUCCACAUCCAAAGGAAGCAAGAGAAAGAAGCUCCAACAAGAACAUACCAAACAUAAAUUUGACUUGACAGAAAGGUGGUUUUAAAUGUUAAAAAAACUACAGUGAUGUAUUAGUGACUGAGAAUCUGUAAGAUAUUCAACAAAAAGGAUGCAUUGGCUCUGUCCUUAUGCCAUUUGUUUUGUUGCUAGUAGUGGGUAGAUUUCUGGUCCGGCCUCAAAUCAUCAUGUCAUAUAUUUGCUGAAACGAAAUGGGAGCAAAAGUAGUGGUGACAUAGUGGACCAAUACACAAUUGUGAUUGUUUAUACCAGAAAGUAAGGUUUUUUUGAAGGUGGUUUUAGUGUUAAAGAGGUUGAAAAACAGAUAUCUCAAUUAGUAAAGGGAAAGAAUGUGUGUGUGUGUCCCCAAUAGACUAUAAUAAUUGAGUCUUUAUGGAGCCCUGUGCCACACAAACCCUCUUUUCUCACGUGCUUCCAAUCACAUGUAACACUAUUUGGAGUCAAGAUCACGAAACUUAAAGUGUAACUGUAUUAAAAAUAAUAAUCAAAAGAUUUUGAUGAAAAAAGAAAGUGUUCAACUUGGAAUUACUUUUUUUCAAAGAUAAAGUUAAAAAAGAAAAGCUAACAUCCCCCAAAGCCUAUGUUUUUGAAAGGUUUUCCUCAACACCAGAGACAGAGAGAGUGUCUGCAGAGACUUUGGUCUUCUUGAUGGGUACAUCGGACAACCCUCCUCCUGCUCCUGUUCCUCCCACCAGCUUCUCCAAAUCCUUUACCACCCGCAUAUUCUCCGACGUUGCGGGAGAUAUCACAAUUGUCGUAGAUGGAGAGCCCUUUCUACUACACAAAUUUCCUCUGGUGGCUCGGUGUGGAAAGAUCAGGAAGCUGGUGGCGGCAGAGAUGAAAGACUCUUCAAGAACCCUCUCCCACACAGAGCUCCGAGACUUCCCAGGCGGGUCCCACACCUUCGAGCUGGCCAUGAAGUUCUGCUACGGCAUCAACUUCGAGAUCACCAUCUCCAACGUGGUCGCUCUCCGCUGCGCAGCCGGUUACCUCGAGAUGACAGAGGACCACAAAGAAGAGAAUCUCAUCGCACGGACCGAGUCUUACCUCGAGCAGGUCGUGUUUCGAAGCCUGGAGAAGUCGGUGGAAGUCCUCUGCUCCUGCGAGUUGUUGCUUCACCCUCACGACAUAGCCGAAGCUUACCACGUCCCUGAAAGGUGCGUGGAGGCUAUAGCUAUGAAUGCAUGUAGAGAACAGCUAGUGUUGGGACUAUCGCGUCUCAACAGAACCAGCCAGAGAGGAGACUCUCCACCAGAGUGGUGGAUCCAAGACCUCUCUGCUCUUAGGAUCGACUAUUACGCACGUGUUGUCUCUGCCAUGGCGAGAACAGGCUUGCGGUCCGAGAGUAUCAUCACUUCUUUAAUGCAUUACUCUCAGGAGUCUUUAAAAGGAAUCAGAAACCGUCAAGAACGUACCAAGCUCGACUCUGGAACUAUUGAGAACGAGCAGAGGAACGUAGUUGAAGCCAUCGUUAGCCUCUUCCCCAACGACAAAGUCCCUCUGAGUUUCCUCUUUGGGAUGUUGAGGGUUGGGGUUACUAUAAACGUUUCCGUCUCUUGCAGGUUUGAGCUUGAGAUGAGAAUCGCUCAUCAGCUUGAAAGAGUCUCGCUUGAUGAUCUACUCAUACCUGUCGUCCGAGACGAAGAGUCCAUGUACGAUGUGGAGACCGUGCAUAGGAUACUAGUCUGUUUCUUGAAGAGGAUAGAGGACGAAGAACGUAACGAAGAUGACAACGAGACUGAGAGUCUGAUUGAUUCCACGUGCCACAGCUCGUUACUUAAAGUGGGACUGAUCAUAGAUGCGUACCUGGCAGAGAUCGCACCAGACCCGUUCCUGAGUCUUAACAAGUUUACGGAUUUGAUAGAGAUUUUGCCGGAUUACGUGCGUGUCACGCAUGAUGGUCUCUACAGAGCUAUUGAUAUGUUUCUUAAGGGGCAUCCGUUGCUGACCGAACAAGAAUGCAAAAGUCUUUGUCAGUUCGUAGACACGAAGAAACUUACACAAGAAGCAUGCAGCCACGCGGCUCAGAACGAUCGGUUACCGGUGCAGAUGGUUGUUCGAGUGCUCUAUUCGGAACAGCUGCGUCUGAAGAACAUUGUUUCAGGAGAGUCAGGGGAAGAAGGGAUGGUAAUGUCGUCUCAGAAACUCAGCAGCGGGGUCCCGAGCGGGGCAACUUCUCCGAGAGACACUUACGCAUCGUUGAGAAGGGAGAACAAAGAGUUGAAGCUGGAGAUCUCGAGGGUGAGAGUGAGGCUAAGCGAGUUAGAGAAGGAGCAGGUUUUGAUGAAACAAGGGAUGAUUGAGAAGUCAGGUCAUGGUGGAACAUUGCUGACAUCACUUUCCAAAGGGAUUGGGAGGAUGUCUUUAUUUGGUGGUGGAGCUAAAGAAGAGAAGCGACGGAAGGCUAACCGCAAAAACAGGCCUAGGUUGAAGGGCAAAACCGGUAUUAACCGAACAGAGUCUAUGUUUUAAAAAGGUAGCUAGGGAACACUUAAUAAUAAUAUCAUGUAUUCUUAACAAAGUCUAUGGCUACGUCUGAGUGUAUACAAAUCUUGCAAUGCGAUUUCUUAAAUAAAAUUCUAGAAGAAGUUGACAUGAAAA